UCAAAAGAUCCAUUCCAUCCAACAAUGGAGAUUUUGCAACAUUUUAACCUCUCCACUCUCAUUUUUCUCUUCUUCUUCUUCCUCUUCCUCUUAACCAAGCCACGGAGGAAAGCCCACAAUCCUCCGAGCCCGCCCGAAAACUCGCCUCCGAGCCCGCCGACGUUGCCGAUACUCGGCCACCUCCACCACUUGGCCCGCGGGCCGCCUCACCGUGUAAUGGCAAAAUUAGCCGACAAAUACGGUGCCGUCUUCCACCUCCAGCUCGGAGAAAUUCCGACGGUAGUCAUCUCGUCGCGGGACGCCGCUAAAGACGUUCUCCAAGUUCACGACCCAGCUUGCGCCGAUCGACCGUCAAACAUCAACGCCGAGAUCAUGCGCCACGAUUGCUCGGAUAUCGCCUUUAGUCCUUACGGCGACUACUGGAGACAGAUGCGAAAAAUUUGCACGGCCGAGCUAUUAGGCGCCAAGAAUGUGAAAUCGUUCGGGUACAUUCGGCGAGACGAGGCCGCGUGCCUCAUCGAACGCAUUCGAUCCUCGCCGCGCGGCGCGUCGAUCGAUCUUUCGGAGAAGCUGCGGGAGCUGCUGGGUUCGAUCGUUUGUAGGGUGGCAUACGGUAAAACGGGGAUGGAUUCUGACGAGCUUAUAGCGCUGAUGAAUGCGGCGCAUAGCGACGCGGUUGGAUUGAGUUUGGCCGACGUUUUCCCGUCGUCGAAGAUGAUGAAUUUCCUUUGCUGGAAUAAGUAUAGGCUGCGGAGGAUGCGACGGAAGCUCGACGCCGUUCUCGACGACAUCGUAAAAAAGCAUAAGCUGAAGCAGGUAGGGGAGUUUGGGGGUGAAGAUAUAGUCGAUGCUUUGCUUAGAGUUCAGACAAGUGGGGAACUCAAAGUUCCCAUUACAGAUGACAACAUUAAAGCCAUCAUUUUUCACCGUAACCGUAACCCUAUCGUAAUGCUUAAUCCAAAGGACAUGUUUACCGGCGGGACCGAAACUUCGUCGUCGACGAUCGAUUGGGCGAUGGCAGAGCUGAUGAAGAACCCCGGCGCAAUGGCGAAAGCGCAGGCGGAAGUACGAAAAGUCUGCCGAGGGAAGAAAACGGUAGAAGACGAUGACAUCGGCGAGCUAAAAUACUUAAAGCUAGUGGUCAAAGAAACUCUAAGAUUGCAUCCACCAAUUCCAUUAGUUCCAAGAACAUGUAGAGAUGAAUGCAGAGCAAAUGGAUACAAAAUUCCUCUGAAAACUAGUGUUAUAAUCAAUAUAUGGUCCCUCGGAAGAAAUCCCGACUAUUGGGACCGGCCGGAAGCCUUUUUGCCGGAGAGAUUUGCCGAGAGUUCGGUGAAUUUCAUGGGGAAUUGCUUCGAGUACAUACCGUUUGGAUCGGGAAGAAGGAUUUGCCCGGGAAUUCAUUUCGGAUUAGCGAAUGUCGAGCUUCCACUCGCGCUAUUACUCUAUCAUUUCGACUGGAAGAUUCCCGACGGAGAUGAUAUCGACAUGGUCGAGACUUCGGGACUUGUAGCCUCGAGGAAGAAUGGCCUCUUCUUGGUUCCCAUAGUCUAUGAGGUUUCGAGAAGUUAAGUAUUUGAUUUCUUAUGUACUGAAUAAUGAUAAUUUCGAUGAGUAAGAAAUAGAAGAAGAUACGAGUAAAUAAGAUUAUUUUACUUUUCAUAUGAUUGAAAAGAUAUAUAUUGUACGUCAAAUGUUCGAUCAAAAUGACACUAUUAGAAAAAAUGUAUGUCAUCUUGUCGAUGUUGAAAUUGUUGCGGGAAUGUAUUUACUUAUGCGACAAUAUUUUUGUUUGGGGGAUUGGAUUUAAUUUCC